AUGUCUCCCAGCCUUCGGGAAGGUGCUCAACUCAGGGAAACCAAGCCCUCAUCCUGCUCCUUCACAAUUGAGAGCAUUUUAGGACUGGACCAGAAAAAAGAUUGCGUACCGUCAAUAAGACCCCACAGACCGUGGACAGACACCUGCGGCGAUUCAGAGAAAUGUGGCAACCCAUGCCUACAUGCCCCAGAUCUUCCCAGCGAGAUCUUGUUUCCUUGUCCCAUGGAUCACCCAAUGCCAGAAGAGAGGGCUUCGAAAUAUGAAAAUUAUGUUUCAGCCUCAGAAACACUCUCUUUGAAAAGAGAGUUGAGUUGGUACAGAGGACGAAGACCAAGAACUGCUUUUACCCAAAGUCAGGUUGAAGUAUUGGAAGAUGUCUUCAGAGUGAACUGCUAUCCUGGCAUUGACAUCAGAGAGGACUUAGCUCAGAAGCUGAAUCUAGAGGAAGACAGAAUCCAGAUUUGGUUUCAAAAUCGCCGGGCAAAGCUGAAAAGGUCCCGUAGAGAAUCACAAUUUCUAAUGGCAAAAAAAGCCUUCAACACAGAUCUGAAAUAG